CUAGACUCUCUCUUCUCUUUGAGAUUCAAAAUAAUGUCGGGCCAGUCCAUUUCUGUGGCUCCUGGGCGGCAGAGCAGCAAGCCUCAUCAAUUUGACCAGAACAUGUUCACCAACCUGCUCGCCAUUUUGGACGACCAGACGUUCAUGAAGGAGAUCCUGGACACUCACGCUCCAGAUGAAAGAGACGUGGAUGUCCAGUCCCUCUUUCAUCUCGUCGAGGAAAUCCUCGGUGAAGCUACUGCGAUUGUCGACUCCAUCGUCGACCGUAAGGGCACUCGAGGAUCUGGAAGCCCUGCAUUCAAGCCACUCAAAGAGGGGACUCAAGGAUAUGGAAGCCCUGCAUUCGAGCCACUGAAAGAAAGCUUCAAUCCAACCUUAGCAGCAAUCAACGAAGUGGCUUGUCAGAUCACAUGCAAGGCCUUAGACACCAACAAUGUGCGCAAAACGCUGGAGUCACUCUUCAACGAGUUGCUGAGCUACUCGUGGGUCACUAAGGCUGUGAUUGCCCUAUCGUCGCUUGCUCUAUCCUACGGUGACUUUUGGCGACUUGCUCGAACUCCACCGUCGGACAAGCUCGCAGAAUUAACGGCCAUCUUGAAGGGGUUGCCUGCAAUCACAAACCCCUCGAACCGGCAAAAGAUCCAAGUGUAUGGAGAUCUGAAUGAAAGGAUCAAGACCACAUUGACCAUGACAAAGUGCAUCGUGGACUUCGAGCAUGACAGUAAAGGUUUUCCCGAGCUAUCCACGAUGAUCGACCUCCCGAGCAGCAUUUACCGGAUCAUCAUCGGUGUCCUCGCUUGCUCGAUCCAGUUCACCAGCCUCAUCAGCCUGGUCGACGACUACAAGGGAAAAGAUCUUCCGGCCUUAGAUAGGAAAGUGAACGGGAUUUACCUCGCUAUCAAGGGACAAUCCGACAUUAUCAAACAUAAAAAGGAGGAAAUUGAAGAGGAGCGGAGGCUAAAGCGGAUUUUCAAAAAGCCUACUGAUAAUGUGGCGCUCAUCAGGGCCUUGUUUUACAUCAAGAACGAUCCUCAGCCACUCGUCAUUGGCUCAGAACUGAACAUAAAGUAUCAGGUGGAGUCCCUGCGGAGGAAGAAUGUGAUGGUGCUGAUCUCCGACCUAAACAUGAGCCACGACGACCUUUCCAUCCUUAAAAAGAUCUACAGCGAUCCCAAGUUCAAAGAGCACCGCUAUGAGAUUGUCUGGGUCCCGAUCAUUGACCGAGAAGGCAAGGAGGUGAACGAUCAGUUCCAGAAGUUACGGGUGCAAAUGCCAUGGUACUCGGUGUUCUCCCUGGGACUUAUCUACAAGCUGGCCAUCAAGAUCAUGAAGGAGGAGUGGCAACUUAGGCAAGAGACGACUGUGACUGUGUUGGAUCCACAAGGAAGAGUCUCAGUCCAAAAUGCCAUGAGCAUUACUAGGUUUUGGGGACUUGGUCCUAUCCUUUUCCCUGGUCACCCUUGGAUGGCUGACGGUAACUUUUUUGCGCUCUUGGUGACUGACGAGAUCUUUCCUGACAGACAUGAAAUUAUGAAGCCUGAGAAUUACAUCCUCCUUUAUGGAGCUGAGGACGGCCAGGCAAUCCAGGACAUUGAGAAGCCACUGCAGAAGAUCAAAGGAGAUGGCAUCCCCCUCGUCUCCCGCAAGGUUAUCAACAUGCCGCUCUUCUGGAGACACCUCGGGAGCUUAAUGCACUUGAUUUUGACUUGGAAGAUCGACGAGAACAUGCGCGAAGCCCUCAUGCGAGACGUCCUCAACCUCUACACCAACUUGAAGAAGGACCGUGGCUUUGCGGUCCUCACAAAGGGGUCACAGAUCGUGACCAACGACUCGAUAGUCACCGUCACAGACGUUUUGUCCCAGUACGAGACUAAUUGGAAGAAGCAGGUGAAGGAGGAGAGGAAAGACUUCGACAAGGCCUUUGUGGAUGUCCGCAACCGGCUCAAUGACCAUCCACCGUGCCUCAACUUCUACAUUCCGACUACUGUUGCUGACAUCCCGGGGUAUGUGAAGUGUCCUGAUUGCCAGGGCAAGAUGAAGACCUAUGUCAACUGUGAGUGUUGCUGCCGUGGAGCACAUAUAGUGAACCACUGA